AUGACCGACUUGGGUAGAGCUUCUUUAAGUGGUGUAUAUAUUUUGGGUGCCUCGUUCAAAGAGAAUGGUGAUACUAACUCAUUUUUGCCCAUACUAAAGCGGGAUGCUUGGGCCAUGAGAUAUUUUCAUAUCGUAUGGCUCUCGUUUUCGUUGCUUCUUUGUGCUCAAAGUAUUCGAGCCAAAACUCCUUCAACAGUUGAAAUUGAGUGUAGCUGGCCUUGCUCAAACCCAGCCGAUGUUUGCACGAUCACACCCCAUUAUGCUCGUUGCCAGCCUUCUCAGGCGAACCAAUGGAUAUUAAAGGGUCCCAAAGACAGUCCUACCUACGAAGGAACUCUCUCCAAUGUGGCUGGUGAAGUGUGUCAGAAAGCACCAAUACCAAAUCUCCAAACCCCAUCAACAAACAAAAAUACCACACUUAUUCUUUGGCCACCGAUCGGCAUCAAUUCACUCAGCACAUGCGGCCCCAACCUUUAUUGUGCAACCAUCGACGAUCAGUCUUCUUGUCAGCACCGCCUAAAGUCCCAUUCUACGUGUACGCUAUCAAAUGAAUGCGACUCUGGACUGUGUGAAAAUCAGAUAUGCCAAGUAGUGCUAGGCCAGUUUAAAGAAGCAUAUACAGAAAACCACAAACCAGCAUCGAUUGUUGUGCAUGUUCUAGCAGCUGUAUUCGGUUUCUUGGGGGCAGUCAUUUCUGCUGCUGUGGUUUUUGUAAUAUACCGUCGCAAACGCAACCGCAAGCGACAAACUGAACAAAACGAUUCAGAAAAUGCACCUAUGCCUACUCCUGUCAUGACCCGCUUUGACAAAUUUGCCACAGACUUUUGCCACGAGCCACAACAAAGUAAAGAGCCUUCGGAAACAUCACAGAGUAUCCAGGAUCAACUUAGGUUACUUCAGCAUACUUCGGUUCCCACCCUUGGGUCUUCAUCUUCUUCUCCACCACCCUACCGACCUUAAGUCGAACUCACUGUCAUUGUAAAUAAAACUUUCACCCUGCAUUUUAACCCUUCAUCCUUCCUUUCUCCUUUCCUUUAUUUCUUUAUUUCUUUCUUUUUUUGGUAAUGCAUUCCAAUAAAUAUAAAUAAACCAAGU